AUGGCGCUCAACACUGAUCUCACUAAUUCACGCCUCCCCAGCUGGAUUAAGCAGCUUUCCUUGCCAUCCUGCAGGUCUGUUUCUAGUCUUGUCCAAGGUGUGCUGGACAUGCACCACUCUAGUGGCAGCCCCAGCGGCGUCGUCGACGGCAAUGGAGGCUGCGGCGGGCUGGUGGUGACGGAGCUGGGCCACAUCAAGGAGCUGGUGACGCAGCUGGAGGUGCACCUCGGCGGCUCCUCACCCGACCUCUGCAAGCACCUCGCCUCGCAGAUCUCCUCCAUCACGGAGCGCUCCAUCAGCCUGCUCAUAACCACCUCCACCAUCGACGGCACCACUAGGAAGCGCUCCGCCGUCGCCAGCCCGCUCAGCGACGCCUCCGACGCGCCCUUCCUCAAGGCCACCAAGAAAAGGAAGACGAUGGACAAGAAGAGGCAUGAGGUCAGGGUGAGCUCAGCCGGAGGCGGCAUCGAUCACCCGGCCGACGACGGCCACAGCUGGAGGAAGUACGGCCAGAAGGAGAUCCUUGGAGCCAAGCACCCAAGGGACUACUACCGCUGCACGCACCGGCACUCACAGGGAUGUGCGGCGACGAAGCAAGUGCAGCGCACCGACGAGGACCCGACCUUCUUUGACGUCGUCUACCUCGGCGACCACACCUGCGUUCAGAGGGCGGCGGGUCAGGCUGCCGCGGACGCGCAGGCGCCGGAGGACAACGCCAACCCAGGCGCCAGCAGCCUCCUGCGGAGCCUGAGCUCCAGACUGAUGGUGAAGACCGAGGGGCAGGCCGUGGAGACAGAGCAGCAGCUACGGGGCUGGGACGCACCCACGCCCUUCUGCUUCUCCUCCACGCCGGCGAUGGCGACCGGGUGCCUUCUACCAGAAUGCAGCCCCUUCUCGGCGCCGUCGACGUCCAAUAAUUGGGGCGUGUCCCCGGCGACUUCGGACUUCAACCACGUUGUCUCCUUCCCGCCUUUCGAGGUCACAAUGUACCAGAGCAGCACCUGCGGCCACGACGGGUUUCACGACGACCUCGACAUCGACGUCUCAAGCUUCUUCGCGUGA